ACAAAAUUUAUGUGAAUAUCUAAAUUUGUUGUAACAAACAAACACAUUAAUCUUAAUUCAAUGAAAAUAGCUAGCAAUUACCAAUUUAACGAUAUAUCGCGUAUAAUUUUUCUCGAUUGUUCAAAGCGAUGAUUAAAAUCGAUGGUCGGCGCAGUUGUACAUCACUAACGCCGCCGCUAUUUUGUGUUGUCAAUUAUUGUCUUGGUUAUAAUUAUUUUCACCUGCGUUCGCUAUACAAACUGCUUUGGGCAACUCAUAGAAAAGCAAUUUGUAUUUUUGUUUAAAAGGUUGCAACAGCGUACACCGCAUGCUGAAUAUAAAAACACACGAACAACAAAAACAACAUGAAUCCCUGCGCUGUGCCCACAGCCGUGCCCGAUGUUGACGGCGACAAGCGCUGGCAGAGCAUACAUCGCCGAUUUAUAUCCGAUUGCCGCGAAAAGGACCCGGACGUGAUAUUCCUCGGCGAUUGCAUAUUCGAAACGCUGCAGGACACAGACACCUGGAACCAGUACUUCGCACCGCUGCACUGCCUCAACUUUAGCAUACGGGAUGAUCGCACCGAGCAUGUGCUGUGGCGCAUCGAGAAUGGCGCCCUCGACAAUGUCAAUCCCAAAAUAGUUGUUCUCCACGUCGGCACCAACAAUGUGAGCAACAGCGCCGCAGAAGUCGCCGAAGGUCUGCUCGCCAAUGUCACAAAGAUACGCGAAAAACUGCCCGGCGCGUACAUUCUGCUGCCGUCAUUACUACCACGCGGCCAGCAACCGAAUGCGCUGCGCGAUAAAAAUGCCGAGAUCAAUGAGUUGGUUAAGGAGCAGACAAAGGGCUUGGAUCGCGUGCAAACUGUGGCCAUCGACAAGGGCCUGGUGCAGGCAGACGGCAGCAUUAGCCAUCACGAUAUGUUCGACUAUAAGAGUCUCACCAAUACCGGCGCCAAAAAAAUUCUCGAGCCAUUGCACGAUUUGCUAUCGCAAAUACUCAAUGAAAACGAACUGGAACGCGAUCUCACUCCAUCCGAAUAGUUCACUCAAAAUGCAAAAAAAAAAAAAGAAAUAACAAAAAAACAAAUAUAUAUAUAUAUAUAACACAAACAACCCAACAGAAAACCCAAAUCCGACCUAACCGCUUUAUCUGCAGCAAUGAAAGUAUUUACUCGUGUAUUAAUCGGGAAUUCUAUUUGUUUUGUGGUUUACAAAAGAAAAAGAAAAAACCAAAAAGAAAACAAAAAAACAAAAAUAACGCAAGUUUCCUUAACCUAUAAUACACAGCUUGAAAGUUAUAUUUUAUCCCAUACUCCUAGGUUUAAAGUCUAAAAUACUGCAUAUGGCUCAAUAUAUGCGCAACAUGAUAUACAAACACGCAUGAAAUUUUGUAUUUUGCAUUUAUACUAAAUAUAAUUAUGAUAACAUAUAUAUAAAACUUAAUAUACAUAUUAGUUUCGUGGCCAAUAUGAAAAAAAGAUUUACAUUCCCUGA